AGGGAGAAACAGUGACCGUGUAAAUUACGUGAGACGGCGCAUUUUGAUUCAGUUUUGCAGGCCGCAACCGCACUCAGUUUUUGUUUCCUUUCAAUCUUCCCCAAACCAUUGAACCAUGGCCGACGCGGCACCCGCGCCGAGGUAGAUCCAGAGCCAUCGCCUUCGCCUUCCCAUGCCCUAACGAAGCUCCGAUUGCAACGACCUUUUCCCGAUGGCUUUCAGAAUCGCUUUCGCCAUCCUCCUCGUCGCCGCCGUAGCUUUCGCUUGCUUCACUCUCCCCGUCGAUAAGAUUUUGAAGGAUUUCUUGUUAUGGGUUCACCAGGAUCUUGGCGUCUGGGGUCCCGUUGUGUUGGCCAUUGCGUACAUUCCAUUGACAAUCAUGGCUGUUCCUGCCUCAAUCCUGACACUUGGGGGUGGCUACUUGUUUGGGCUACCCAUUGCCAUUGUUGCUGAUUCUAUUGGUGCCACUGCUGGUGCUGGGGCUGCAUUUCUUAUUGGAAGAACUGUUGGGAAAUCCUUUGUUGUUUCCAAGUUGAAGGACUAUCCGCAGUUCCGUUCGGUUGCUAUUGCAAUUCAUAGAUCUGGGUUUAAGGUUUUUAUGUGGAAAGUUUUUUUUUUAAGCUGCUUUAUUGUCUUGUGCUUAGCUUUUGACUGCUGUGAUUUGCAGAUCAUUCUGUUACUUCGGCUUGUUCCCUUGCUUCCGUUUAACAUUAUGAAUUAUCUUUUAUCUGUAACUCCUAUUUCACUUGGGAAGUACAUGUUGGCUUCCUGGUUGGGAAUGAUGCCAAUUACAGUUGCAUUAGUUUACGUGGGAACAACCCUUAAGGAUCUAUCUGAUGUGACUCAUGGCUGGAAUGAAUUUUCAAAGUCUGAUUGGGCAUUUCUCGUGUUGGGUCUUUCGAUAUCUGUGGUUCUAAUAAUUUGCAUUACAAAAGUCGCCAAGGCUGCUCUAGAUAAAGCGCUGGCCGAAAAGGAAGAUUACGACGAUGUCGUGUCUGGUCAGCUACUGGUUGUAGAGGCUCCUCUAGAUCUCAAGCAGCCUCUGAUAAUCAAGAUAGACCCAACCGAAGAUAACCAAUAAAAAUGACAAGGCCAUGUCCUCAACGAACCAUUCUGAUUCACUCCACAGCUACUGAUAUCAACUUGUUUAAGAGCUUGUGGUUUGUAAUAUCUCUGUACAGUUCCAUAACUUAGGUAGAAACCUAGCUUAGCUUCUGUCUUGUGAUUGGAGAUAUGAUAACUAUAGGCAGUUCUUGAACUUUUCUGUAUCGUAUUACUAGGAAAGAAGAACGUUCAGUUCUGGAUAGAUAUAGUAUUGCUAAAUUAUAAAAAAUACCGUUGACCUUCAUAAA